UCCAAAAAGCCACAAAAGAUAAAGGCAAAUUGUGAAGAGAGAAAAAGACACAGACUUUCCAGGAAAAUUUGUGUUCCUUCUUCUUACACAAUCUGUUCUUUACUACCAAACUCACUCUCUUGUCCAGAUUUGUCUUAAAUAUCUCUCCUUUAUGAAUCUUUACUAACUUCCCACUUCAAAAGUCUCAACCUUUCUUCCAUUUUUAGGUCUUUGAAUGCUUCUCUGAGAAUUAGGGUUUUAAAGAUUGUUUCUUUUAGGGCUUUAAGCUUAAUCUAAGAUGGGAGAGUUUGAGGUAGAUAGAGAAGAGAAGUUGAUUGCUUCCGCAAACUAUCUUGUUAAUGAGCUUAGAUCUGGUAAGAGCCUCACCAGAAACGCUAAAAACGUUUUAGGGAACCUCUUAACAGAGCUGUCUCGUUUAGUGUUAAUCUCUGAUGAUAGAUACGAGGAAGAUGAGAUUGAGACAAGGCUUGAUAUUGUCUGUGAGAAGAUCAUGACACGUGAGGUAGAUGAAACCAUGAUUUGGGACUUGGGUUCAGAAGCAGGGAAUGAGUUUUUAGAUUCUGUGAAUGAGCUGAGAGUGUUGAUAGAUCGGUUAGAGGAAGCAGAUGAGGUGUCUCUGAGGAAAGGGCAUGAUGUUCUUCAGACAGCAAUGGCGAGGUUAGAGGAUGAGUUUAAGCAUCUUCUUGUGGAGAAUAGGUUACCCUUUGAGCUUGAACACGCUUCCUUUAGGUCUGAACAUGUCGUGGAAGAAGACUCUUUUGGAGCUGCUUCCACUGAGGAUUUGGUUGUAGGAAGCAGUAGGAGAAACUCAGAGGAGAUAAUGGUUAGACCUGAGGUUAUAUCAGAUCUUAGGAGCAUUGCAAACACUAUGGUUGCUUCAGGGUAUGACCGUGAGUGUCUCCAGGUGUGUACUAUGGUUAGAAAAGAGGCUCUUGACGAGUUUCUUUAUGACCAUGAGGUUGAGAAGUUGAGUAUUGAAGCUGUGUUGAAGAUGGAUUGGGCUACAUUGAAUACAAACAUCAAGAAAUGGGUUCUUGUAAUGAGAAACAUCGUGCAGAUGUAUCUCGUUAGCGAGAAGUCUCUGCACAAUCAGAUCUUUGGGGAUGUUCUGACCUGUUUUGUGGAUACAGUGAAGGCUCCUGUGAUGCAGCUGCUCAACUUCGGUGAAGCUGUGUCUCUCGGUCCACGACAACCCGAAAAGUUGCUUAGGAUUCUCGAAAUGUAUGAGCUAGCUUCCGAGCUUUUACCAGAGAUUGAUGCACUCUUCUCAGGUAAUCACGGUGACUCGGUGAGAGGAGAGUACAGAGAAGUGAUGAGGAGGCUUGGUGACUGCGCAAGAGCGACGUUUCUUGAGUUCAAAAGUGCUAUAGCUUCUGAUGUUUCUUCACAUCCUUUCCCUGGAGGAGCUGUUCACCCGCUUACUAACUAUGUGAUGAACUACCUCAUGGCGUUAACAGACUUCAGCCAAACGCUUGACUCACUUCUCAUGGAACAUGAUGAUGUAGAUGAUCUCACAAUACCUCCAUCACCGGAUGUUAUCAACCCUGUGGUGGUUGAAGAAGAGUCUACUUACGAAAACUCUUCUUCACCGGAGAAGUUCUUGGCUAUGACUAAGCAUUUCUACUCCAUAACAUCUGUUCUUGAAGCUAAUCUUGAAGAGAAAGCGAAGUUGUACAGAGACGUCUCUCUGAGACACAUCUUUUUACUGAACAACAUACACUACAUGACAAGGAAAGUGUUAAAGUCCGAGCUGAAACAUAUCUUUGGCGACAAGUGGAACAGAAAACACACAUGGAAGUUUCAGCAGCAAGCAACGGAGUACGAACGCUCCACCUGGCUCCCUGUCCUUUCCUUCCUCAAGGAUGACUCUGGCUCAGGGUCUGGUUCUGGUUCAAGAGGCUUGCGCCCGAGGGAGCGGUUUCAAGGAUUCAACUCUGCGUUUGAGGAAGUGUACAAGGCGCAAACGGGUUGGUUAAUCUCUGAUGAGAGGCUGAGAGAAGAUGUGAGGACAAAGGCGUCCAUGUGGGUGAUUCAAGCGUACUGGACGUUUUAUAGUAGACACAAGAACAGUGUGAGUGAGAGGUAUAUUAAGUACAGUACUGAUGAUCUUGAGAAGCUUUUGUUGGAUCUCUUUGCUGGUUCUUCUAAAUCCUUGAACAAUUCUUACAGAAGAUGAAAUGGAUCAUCAGAUGAGUAAACUGUUUAUGUUAUUGGUAUACACAUGUUUGUAUUGAAUUUAUUUGACCUUUGUAAUAUUUAUAUUCAUCAUUUCAUGAAUAUGUUUUAGUGAAAU